CGGUUGACCCGCCGGCCAGGCAGGAGCCCGAGCGCCCCCUCCCCGCAAAGCGUCCGCCACAGGCCGACGCCCGCGCGGGUUCCAGGUUCUAGAACCCGGAGGUGGACAAUGAAGCUGUCAGUUCCGCAACCCAGCCCUCUCACGACUGGGGAAUGCACGCUUCGGUUCAGGAGUAGGCCUUGGGCUUCCCUUUAUAUCUUUGUGUUUUCAGCUGUACGAAGUUCAGUAGAGAAUCACAACGAACCAAUAAUGAGUCCUCUGGGGUUUGCGAGAGAGAUAGACAAAUCCAGGACAAAAUAGGGACCUCUCAGUAACAUCCGUGCAUUAUGCAUUAUGUACAGUCGCUGAAUAAGACAUAGAACAGGACACACCCGAUCAAUUCCCUAACAUAGGUCUUCAUUUUUACCCUCAAAGCGAGAGCAAGUUCUAAAAAUUCCUGUGUUUAGGGGAGGCAAGAGGGAACCUACAGGAGUAGUGGAAAAUGUUCUGUAUCUGGAUCUGGACGGUGAUAUUUUGGGUUUUAACUGUGCAGUAGUUAAUUGUGCUGUAUAUGUUUAUGCCUCGACUUAAAGAAAAAUGUUCAUUCAACGGAACGGAAACGCAGUUCGAGCGUCAUCGCUGAGCAGGAGCGCAGCAGUCUCAUUUCCAGUCUCGCGCACUGGACCGCGAGUUCUCAAGCACCGUCCUGAGAAAAGUCCGGCCACGCCAGCCUGCGCACUAAAAAACUGCAACUCCCAGCAUGCCUUGCGGCCUUCCAGUUCGGCCGUGUACCGGGAGAAAAGCAAGGGCCGAAAACCUCGGGUUCCGGGCUGCUGGGCGGGAGGCGCACGCGCAGAACUGCUUGCCAACCGCCCUCCCGCCCCUUCCUCGGGCGUCCAAGGUGAUAUCGCGCGAGGUCCGUAGCCAGUACGGAGGCGGAAGUGACGGCCGGUUUGUAGCCGCCGGCAGCUACUGGAAGGCUAGAGCUAGAGUGGACCUCUCUUUUGAAACUGCUGCUCUCUCACUUGUCAGGCAUCACCGAGAGCUCAGCACCCAGGCUGAACUCUGUACCAUUUGGAAGAAUGGAAGCUGAUGCGUCUGUUGACAUGUUUUCCAAAGUCCUGGAGAAUCAGCUGCUUCAGACUACCAAACUAGUGGAAGAACAUUUGGAUUCUGAAAUUCAGAAACUGGAUCAGAUGGAUGAGGAUGAAUUGGAACGCCUUAAAGAAAAGAGACUUGAGGCACUAAGGAAAGCUCAACAACAGAAACAAGAAUGGCUUUCUAAAGGACACGGAGAAUACAGAGAAAUCCCUAGUGAAAGAGACUUUUUUCAAGAAGUCAAGGAGAGUAAAAAAGUGGUUUGCCAUUUCUACAGAGACUCCACAUUCAGGUGUAAAAUAUUAGACAGACAUCUGGUGAUAUUGUCCAAGAAACACCUCGAGACCAAAUUUUUGAAGCUGAAUGUGGAAAAAGCACCUUUCCUUUGUGAGAGACUGCGUAUCAAAGUCAUUCCCACACUAGCACUGGUAAAAGACGGGAAAACACAAGAUUAUGUUGUUGGGUUUACUGACCUAGGAAAUACAGAUGACUUCACCACAGAAACUUUAGAAUGGAGGCUCGGUUGUUCUGACAUUCUUAAUUACAGUGGAAAUUUAAUGGAGCCACCAUUUCAGAGCCAAAAGAAAUUUGGAACAAACUUCACAAAGCUGGAAAAGAAAACUAUCCGAGGAAAGAAAUAUGAUUCAGACUCUGAUGAUGAUUAGAGCUCAUUAAUUCUUUGUAAAUUGUCUUUUUUCUUCUGCUUCAGAUUUAAAUGUGUUUUCUAAAUUCUAUUAAUGUCUAUACAUUAGUCGUCUAAAUACUCAUAUUCUCGAAUUUUAUACAGUUGUAUCACAUUGAAAGGUAUCUUUACUAUUUUCCGUGUGGCCAUCAUGUUUAAGUUGAAGAAAACUUCCCCGUUCUUAAAUUAUCUGGGACGGGUCUGGAUUCUCUAUUUUUGAGAUUGACUUUAUCACAAUAGGAGUCAUACACCUUUAUACCAUUCACAAUCGUGUUUUUGAUCUACAGAGUUAGAAAUUCAAAAACUAUUCCAGGACUAAUUAAUUGGCAUUAUUUAUACAACAGGUCAAGUAACAUUUACUGGUGCAAUACUGCACUUGUAAAUGAAUUCUAAACACUUCACUUCUGGAAUAUAUUUAAGUAGCUAUUAAAGAACUGGUUAUUCUGGUCACUGCAUGUUGGUGUUGAAUCAACUGAUGCCAGCAGAAAGCUAUUUUGGGUUGUGAACAUACUGCCUUAUUUAAAGGGUCCUGAUUGCUUGUAUUUUAAACAUUAAUUAAAAAGAAAUCAGGAAAGACUUUUGAAAUAACAGCAUAAGGAACUCCAGUGUCUCUGCUCAAUAAAAUACUUGUAACUGGAA